CGUUUUGCUUUCUCGUUUUAGGGACACCCCCACCCGUCAGUCGGAAACUCGAGAAGAACGGACAUAGCAAUGAGUACUGAACUAGAUUUAGUUGAAGAAAGAAUCAAACGAUUAGAAAAAUUUGUUUUAGGACAGGGUGCCAAUGAGCAUGCUGAAGAGAAGCUAAUAGACACACUCUUGGGAGUCUCCGAAAAAUUGGCCAGUGUGGUUUCCAAAAAUGAGAAAGUUUCCUCUGCGUUGAAAAGAGCGGAUGAAGUAAAAAAGUAUGCUGAUCCUCUAUUUGCUGAAUCUGAUGGGUUGAUUUCUGAAAAUGUCAAGCUUCAACUUCUUUACUCCAAAGAAGGAGAAAUAAAAGAUGCCCUUGGGCACCUCCAGAAAUUAAACAUAAUUAAAUCAGUUCUUGACAGCCAGGCAAUUAAAGAUGUUCCUCACCUAGAAGGUGAAAUUAAUAAAAUUUCAUUUCACCAAGAAAUCCAAGAAAAGAAAGUAUUGGGCCUUUCUAAUGAUACAUAUGCACUAAUAAAAUACUACAGCAAUUUUGUUAAUGAUGUUUCACAGAAAUUGGCUGAGAUUGAGAAAUUGGUUUGCAGCAUAGAAGAGCAGUCAGUGAAGCAGUGAAAUAUAAUUCCUUCUGUAGAAUUUCAUCUGUUCUUUGAUGGAAUUUUGCCCAUAACACAACAAAUUUAUCCUUCCUCUCUUAAAAUAUUUUAUGGUUGCUAAAUAACAAGAUGAGCAAAAUAAAAAUGUAAACAACA